CAGAUGUAUCAUGAGUUUUAAAAAGUUCUUCCACCAGUUGGUGGUCCUUGGCUAUUAUAACUAGAGUAGAUUUGCUUUGUGUGCAUAUGCUUGUGCAAGUGCAUGUAUGGGUGUGCAUUGUGUGUGUGUGUGUUAAGACAUUUAUUCUAUGUAUUUUAAGUGAUUACAUUCACUUGUGUUAUGAAUGCUGCUCAUUUAAACAAGUGUAAUAAAUUGGGCUGAGGCUGUGCCUUGGUAGAAUGAUCCUAGCCAUUGUGUGUGUGUUAGGGUGGGCGGAUAGGGAGUUGGGCUUCUUUUUGAGAUGGGGUUUCAUUAUAUAACUAGUUGGCCUGGAACUAUGUGUGUAGACCAAGCUGGCUUCAACUCAGAUCCUCUUGCCUUUGCCUCCCAAGUGUUGAGAUUAAAUUUGUGGACUACUACAUCCUAGCUCUUAAGAAGCUCUGACUUUUAUCUGUAAUAUAAUUAUAAAUCAGGAAACAGAAUUGGCAGCAAUAAUAGUUGUCUCCUCCUCAUAUACUCUUCUGUUCUCAUUUGAUUUUCAUGUCACUACUCCUCUACGGAUAGGAAUAUAAAUGUUCAUCGUAGCUCAGAAAAACCAGUUAAAACUCUGGGGCCAGAAGAUGGUGAGUCCAGUGUGGGAACCCAGCCUGGGUAUGGAAGACAGACCCCUUAAUCAUUUCGCCAUCUCUCCAGCCCAAAAGCAGGAGGUUUUUUAAAAACAAAGUUUACUUUCAUUGUAUUUCUAUAGUUGACUUGCAAAGGGAUCCAUUAGUAAAUCCUGUUUGUAAUUUGACAAGAUCAGAAGUGCAAUUUUCGCUUAAGUUUUAAAGCAUUGACGGUUUGUGAGUCCGGAUUACUUGCUAGAGGACUGGAAGCACAGGUUUGUUAAUUAACAGCUCGGGAUGUGUCCAUCAUGGACCUGCUGUUCUGUUUAUUUCUCUGUGGUGACAGUUCUCAACCUGUGGGUCAUGACUCCUUUGGAAACCAAAAUUAUUAUGAUUCAUAACAUCAGCAAAGUUACAGUUAUGAAGUAGCAACAAAAAUAAUUUUAUGGUUGGGGUUACCACAGCAUGAGAAACUGUAUUAAAGGGUCACAGUAUCAGGAAGGCUGAGGACCACUGCUCCAUGAGCUGGUCGGAAUCUGUCACGUAGACCAGGCUGGCCUCUGCCUCCCAAAGGCUCAAGCUAAAGGUGUGGGCCACCACACCCCGCUGUAUCAGGUGGUUUAUAGAGUGGUCAGGAUCGCUAACUUUCCUGAAAUAAACUAGUGGAGGUAUUGUCUGUUGACUGGGUAAUCAGUGAAUAAAUUGAACAAUUUGGAUUGCUUACUGAGUAUGAGGCUGUGCUACAGAGGGUGUUUUGUAUGCUUGACAACCAGAUUGUUCUUGUUCUUUGGGACUGCUUAUGCAGCAGAAAAGCACUCAGGGCUUUGCGGAGCGAGUCUGUGCUGUCUAACCUGAGCAGAUAGAUACACCUAGAGGGUUGCUGUUGCUGAAGUGCUUACCUCCCUGUCUCACCUUAGAGCAAGCUGCAUUCUAACACGUCCAAGACAGUGAGUCAGCACGCCCAGGGAUCAUCCCUGAGAUGAGCUUGCUAACUAUGCUACCUUUCCUUUUAGAUUGGCCAGGUUUGCUAGAUACAGUAGGGUUUUCCGAUUCUCUAAGUUGUUUUUGAAACAGGGUCCACCAUGUAGCCUUGGAUCCUGGAACUGUCUACUUAAAUCAGCUGACCUCAAUGCUCUGAGUUUUCAUUAAAUAACUUUAAAAGAAGAUGUGGCCUUGGAACAUAGGAAUAGUUACUACUUGUUCUUACUUCAUUGUAUUCAGGCAACAACACAAAGUAGUUUAUGUAGUAUCUCACUUAAAUAUGUGGCAUGCCGGGCUGGAGAGAUCUCCCUGGGUCAGAGCACUGCUGCUCUUCCAGGGAGCCAGGUUCAGUUCCCACUCUUACAUGGUCUUUAAACCACCUGUAACUCCUGUUCCAGGGAAUUCAAUGGUGGAUAUGUGCUUCACACUCACAUAUACAGGCAAAACACCCAUACACAUAAAAUAAAAUAUUUUAACUUUUAAAAUACAUGGUAAGAGCUGGGAACAAUAGUAUAUGCCCCAUUGACUGGGGAGGCUGAAUUGUAUGAUGACCAGUUAGUUUGAGCUCAGCCUGGGCAACCUAGUGACAACUUACCUUAAAGUUAAAAUUUUUUUAAAAUGGCAUUCAUUUACUUUAGAAUUUUUUUUUUGUAUGUGCAUAAUCAUAGAUGUCAACUUUUACCUUCUACUGUGUGGGCCCUGGUGAUUGUUGGCAGGUUGGCAGCAGGCAGCUUCUCUUUAUAAGCUCCUUGUUUUAUUACCCUUUGUAUAUGAUUGUUUUGCCUGCCUGGAUGACUGUACUACAUGUGUCGGUCGUUGGACCCCGAGGAGCAGUUAGAGAUUGUGUGUCGUCCUGGUGGUGCUGGGAUUCAAGCCUGAGUACUCUGGAAGAGCGGCCAGUGCCUUUAAAUCCGCAGUUCUUAGCCUGUGAGUCAAGACCCUUUGUCAGACCUCUGUCUUCAAAAAUAUUUACAUUACAAUUCAUAACAGUGGCAAAAUUACAGUAUGAAGUAGCAGUGAAUAUAAUGUUAUGGCUGGGGGUCACCACAGCAUAGGAACUGUAUUACAGAGCCACAGCAUUAGGAAGGUUGAGGACAACUGCCUUAGAGACAUAAGCCCAGUUUGUAUGAAUUGGUUAUACCUGUUAUUUUAUUUCAAAAGGGAUUGUGUUGGUAAGCAAGCUGGAGGCUAAGCCCAGCACUUGAGAGGCAGAGGAUCCAGGGUGGAUGGAGUUGGGUGCUGUGGGGUCAGGGCCAACCUGGUUAUAUAAGAAGACCCUGUCUCUCUGUGCCUUUGAUCUGUUGGUCGGUCGGUCGGUCGGUCGGUCGGUCUGUCUUUGUCUUUGUCUUUAAGAGCACUUGAUGCUCUUCCAGAGGACCUGGGUUUCAUUUCUAGAGUCCGCAUGGUGGCUCACAGCCGUCUAUAACUCUAGUUCUAGGGUAUCUGAUGCUCUUUUCUGACUUCCUCAGGCAACAGGCAUACAAGUGCUAUACAUACAUACAUACAUACAUACAUACAUACAUACAUACAGGCAACACACUCAUAUAUAAAAUUAAAUUUUUUAAAAGUUUCUAAAUUUUAUCAUUCUAAAAUAGAACCAAACUUUAGCCCUAGAGUUUGUCUAGCCUAGAGUUUGUAAAAGCCAGGGAGUGCAGAUCCUCCUGAUACCACAUCUAUUUUGAAAUUUCAAAUUAAAUUUGGAUGGAGAAGAAUAAAUCUACCUGGAAUGCUUUCAUGUACAUUUGACAGAAGUUAAACCACACACUUGAAGGAGAUGGCUGGAUGGAUAAAGGCACUUGCUGCUCUUGUAGGAUUUGGAUUUAGUUCCCAGCACCUACAUAAUGGCUCAUAGCUGUAACUCCAACUGGGGGAUCUGAAUCGCUCUUCUGGCCUCCAAGGGCACCACCACACACACACAUAAAGUGCACAGAUAUACAUGCAGGCAGAACAUCCAUACGUGUAAAAUAAAUAUUUUUUUUAAAAAGAAUACACUAGAAGCACACGAGGGGCUGUUUGUCCAGCAUUUAUGAACAACCUAGGCUACAUAGUUUGAGGCUAGCCUGGGCUUCAUGGUGAGACAUUCUGUCCUGUCUGUGUGUGUUCUCUUUUCUUAGAGUUGAUAUGCAGACAAAAAUGUGCUUAUAUCUGUUCUGCUGACCCAUAUGUGCUCUCCUUAGGAGUAGAGAGAACAGACUUUGCUUAGGAGGGCUUUUCCUGGUGAAAAAGGAAAGAUGGUUUUUUGUUUUUUUUGUUUUUUUUUUUGUUUUGUUUUUUAAGUGUGAUGGUUUGAUCAUUGAAUGUUACCCACGGGCCUAUUUUAAAACCGUUUUCAAUUGUGGAAGUAUUAGAAAGUCCUAAUAUCAUCGGGGGCAUUCCUUUUCCUGUAUCUCUUCCUUGUGAGGUGAACAGUUUUACCCUGCCAGCUAUAUCAUGGCCUUCUGGAAUAGCCAUACCGGUGAGCUAAAUAACCCUUUUCUCUUGAGUUAUCUCAGGUGUUUUAUUUUAGUAACAGAAGCUGACUAAGUAAGGGUCCAUCUAUUUCGUCUAGGAGUCUUUCAUUUUAGAGACAGGGUUUUUCUGUGUAGCUCUGGUUGUCCUGGUACUAGUUUUGUAGACUACUAGGCUAGUCUCAAACUCAAGAAAUUGGCCUACUUCUGUCUCUUAAGUAUUAAAGGCACGCACCGCCACACCUAGACAACUUAGGAUUCUUUUCUGUUUGUUUGUUUGUUUGUUUGUUUGUUUGUUUUGGACACUUGGCUGUCCUGGUGUUUCCUUUGCAGACCGACCAGUCUGGCCUUGAACUCAUAGUGAUAGAGAUAGCUCCCCUCCCCCUCCAAGUGCUGUGAUUAAAAGCAUGUUCAGAGAGAGCCUCCAACCUAGGAACCUACCCUCUAUAAUCACUUAAAACUACUCAACUGUGGUUAAUCUUAUGGCUCAAAUCAGGAGGUGUUUUGCCUGUAUUUCUUGUUAAUAGUUUGGUAGUUGCUUCUAGAUGGAGCCUUAAUACUAUGGGUUUAUCUUAAAAUUUUUAUGAAAAUUUGUAUUUGUAGCAUUUAAUACUAAAUCUGUGUAACUUAGCCCAAAGAUUUUGAUCCCAGGAUUCUGUAUAAACCAUUUUAUAUGCAAUCAGUACUUUAUGACUGUACUAUCAAAAGGCGUACAUUCUAGAAUGAGAAUCCUGUAAAGGAGCAGACCUAGAACCAUUCCUCAUUUUGCCUUCUGCUGUAAGACAUAACCAGAAGAGUCAUUUAAACUGGGCAAGCGCCCUUUGUUUGUUGUGGGAGGCCUUUGAGUCUGUUUGGUGUUCUUUUCACAUUUUGUCCCUAACACUUCCUUUCCUUUAUCCAGCCCUUACCUAUCCUAGGCCUGCUGCUGUGUUAGUCUAACUUUACUGGGAGAGUAGAUUUAGGAGUUUAUUUUUCUCUUAAAUCAUCAGAAGAAAGAAGAUAUUCAAUGAUAAAGUAUCUUUUACACACUAUGCACAUUUCACAUGGAGAUGGGAGGCAAGAAGUCACCUCCCGCACCGGGCGCUCUGGAGCUCGGUGUAGAAACUCAAUAGCUUCCUGUGCAGAUGAACAGCCUCAUAUUGGAAACUACAGACUAUUGAAAACAAUCGGCAAGGGGAACUUUGCAAAAGUGAAAUUGGCGAGACACAUCCUCACAGGCAGAGAGGUUGCAAUAAAGAUAAUUGACAAAACUCAGUUGAAUCCAACAAGUCUACAGAAGCUCUUCAGAGAAGUAAGAAUAAUGAAGAUUUUAAAUCACCCAAACAUAGUGAAAUUGUUCGAGGUCAUUGAAACGGAAAAAACACUCUACUUAAUCAUGGAAUAUGCAAGUGGAGGUGAAGUAUUUGACUAUUUGGUUGCACAUGGAAGAAUGAAGGAAAAAGAAGCAAGAGCUAAGUUUAGACAGAUUGUGUCCGCAGUACAGUAUUGCCACCAAAAACGGAUCGUUCACAGAGACCUCAAGGAACUGAGAGAGAGAGUCCUCCGAGGGAAGUACAGAAUCCCUUUCUACAUGUCCACAGACUGUGAGAACCUUCUCAAGCGCUUCCUGGUGCUGAACCCAGUUAAACGCGGCACUCUGGAGCAAAUCAUGAAGGACAGGUGGAUCAAUGCAGGUCAUGAGGAAGAGGAGCUUAAGCCAUUUGUCGAACCAGAACUAGACAUCUCAGACCAGAAGAGAAUAGAUAUUAUGGUGGGAAUGGGAUAUUCCCAAGAAGAAAUACAAGAAUCUCUUAGUAAAAUGAAAUACGAUGAAAUCACAGCGACGUACUUGUUACUGGGGAGGAAGUCUGCAGAGCUGGACGCUAGUGACUCCAGUUCUAGCAGCAACCUUUCACUUGCUAAGGUGCGGCCAAGCAGUGACCUCAGCAAUAGCACUGGCCAGUCUCCUCAUCACAAAGGGCAGAGGAGUGUGUCUUCAAGUCAGAAGCAGAGACGGUACAGUGACCACGCUGGACCAGCUAUUCCUUCAGUUGUGGCAUAUCCGAAGAGGAGUCAGACCAGCACUGCAGAUAGUGACCUCAAAGAAGAUGGAGUUCCCUCCCGAAAAUCAGGCAGCAGUGCUGUAGGAGGAAAGGGGAUUGCCCCUGCCAGUCCCAUGCUUGGGAAUGCAAGCAAUCCCAAUAAAGCUGAUAUUCCCGAGCGCAAGAAAAGCCCUGCUGUCCCCAGUAGUAAUGCAGCAUCUGGUGGGAUGACUCGGAGGAACACUUACGUGUGCAGUGAGAGAUGUGCAGCGGACAGACAUUCAGUGAUUCAGAACGGCAAAGAAAGCAGCCUGACAGAAGUGUUCGCUUACGCAGCUAGCCCUGCCUCACUCUGUGCCACAUCUACCUGUCGGCUGAGACAUCAGAGGUCGAUGUCCGUGUCAGCCUCUGGGCACCCCAAGAUGGUGUUACCUCCAAUAGACAGUGAAGGAGAUACCUUCAAGGCUAUCACCACUCCAGAUCAGAGGACUCCAGUUGCUUCUACACACAGUAUUAGCAGUGCGACAACCCCAGAUCGCAUCCGCUUCCCAAGGGGCACAGCCAGCCGUAGCACUUUCCACGGGCAGCCUCGAGAGCGGCGAACCGCAACAUAUAAUGGCCCCCCAGCCUCACCCAGCUUGUCCCAUGAAGCCACACCGCUGUCCCAGACGCGAAGCAGAGGCUCCACUAAUCUUUUUAGCAAACUAACUUCUAAACUCACCAGAAGAAACAUGUCAUUCAGGUUUAUCAAAAGACUUCCAACUGAAUAUGAGAGGAACGGGAGAUAUGAGGGCUCAAGUCGCAAUGUAUCUUCGGAACAAAAGGAUGAGAACAGAGAGGCCAAACCUCGGUCCCUGCGCUUCACCUGGAGCAUGAAAACCACUAGUUCCAUGGAUCCCAGUGACAUGAUGCGGGAGAUCCGCAAAGUGCUGGACGCCAAUACCUGCGACUAUGAGCAGAGGGAGCGCUUCCUGCUCUUCUGUGUCCAUGGCGACGGGCACGCUGAGAGCCUGGUGCAGUGGGAGAUGGAAGUCUGUAAGCUGCCAAGACUGUCUCUGAAUGGGGUCCGGUUUAAGCGGAUAUCAGGGACAUCCAUCGCUUUCAAAAACAUUGCUUCCAAAAUUGCCAACGAGCUAAAGCUGUAACCCAGUAAUUAUGGUGUAAAUUAAGUAGCAAGCAAAGGUGUUUCCAGAGCACUGAUGGAAAUGUGUAGAGUAAUAUUUAGGCAAUAACGUGCAUCUUCUAAAUCAUGACAUUAAAGUCUGAGGACGAGAGCGGGCCUGGGAGCGAAGGCUGGCCUUCCCUGCGAAUGCACUACAUUAAAGUCUGUGACCCCGUGCCUCUGUCUUGUUUCCAUUGCCCUGGGGGUCAGAGUGUGACACCGUCUGCACCACGAGACCCUGUGUGUGCUGUGAGUGGAUGGCUGUGUGGGAGCCGUCUCCUCGAACUGGCAGCCAGCAUUACUAGUACCUCUGCGGGAGAUCAUUUGGUGCUAAAACAUUACAAUUGCCAAGAAGGAAAAUACUGAAUUACUGCUAAGAAUUAACCUUAAGACUAGUUGAUAAUUAAUACAGGUUUACAGUUCAUGCCUGUGGUUUUGUGUUUGUUUCGUGAUUUUUUUUUUUUUUGCUUUUUUUUUUUUUUAGUGCAAAAGGUUUAAAUUUAUAGUUGUGAACAUUGCUUGUGUGUGUUUUUCUAAGUAGAUUCACAAGAUAAUUAAAAAUUCACUUUUUCUCAGUAAAA